AUGGUGAGGCAGUGGCUCUCAAGCAGCAGCAGGGAGGCUUUUUUGGACGAGUUGGAAAACGCAAAGAAUAACUCCGCUGAUUUACCUGUGUUUCGUGAGAACCUUCCUGUGGCGAAUGAAAUAAUAGCUACGAAGGACACUAUAUUGUUUCAUCGACCAUCUGGCGACAAAGGUGUGCCAUUUUUCAUCAGGCAGGCAGGUGAAAAAAUGCUCAUUUUAGAUUUUGGGGUUGAGGAUUUCACAUUGGUUAAAAAUGGCCGCCAAAGAGUGCUCGAAAUGCAGCUCAAAGAGGAGCCAAGAGAGAGUCUUUUGGCCAAAAGUUUGAUCAGAAUUGAGUGCUGCAGCGGUGCCAUGGCGGUCAUAUACGAGCCGACAAUCAUCUCACAAACUCGUCUUGUUGAGAUCUUGAGCCACAUGGAAAGUGGCAUCCCACCAACAGACAGCUUGAAAAUUGAAAGUACACUUUACCGUCUUCCAAUUUGUUUCGAUCAUUCGGCAAUUGCACAUUGCAUGGAACGGUACAUGCGUUCCCAAAGAUCUCAAGCGCCAUAUUUGCCAGACAAUACUGCGUAUUUAAUGAAGGCUAACUGCAUCGACCUGUUAGAACAAUUCAAAGCCAAUGUUGUUGGCCAAACGCAAGUUGUGACAGCUGUCUCUUUCUUGUGUGCCAACACUUUGUCCGUGAAUUUGGAUCCUAGAACGAGGUUCAAAACUGGUAAAUUCAACCCUGCUCGUACACAUUCACUCCCAAAGGUGCUUUGGGAUCAGGGUCUGUCGGUUACUCAAUAUAUUCAAUUGACUCCCCCGGUGGGUAUCUUAUCUGGGGCAUGGGACUUCCAGACUUAUGUUGGAACACUUUUGGUAGACUCAAAGUGA